GAAGUCAGAAUCGAUUUCAAGCGCGAUAUUUUUCUUGUCCCCCAUUGUCGAAUGGUCCAGAAUCCAGUGAGGGAGAAUCCCCGAUCAACCUUCGUCUCCUGCUCGCCUUUUCCGUUCUGAGUUGGUUGCCAGCGUUUGCGGUCAGUUCGCAUGAGUUUCCGUUCUUCAUUGUCAGGGCUGUCGAUCCUCCUUCCUCCUCCCUCAUUUCGUCCGUUCGUGGGUGGUGCAGCACAGAAGAGCUCGGCUCUUAUUUUUGGAGGUUCGAUUCUGAGUUUCCUCCCCUGUUAAGUGCCGCAAGCUUCCUCUCCUUCCUUUCUACUGUUGUGAUUUGAGGAGCAUAAAUUGAUGGAGCUGGAGGUAGUAGAAGCAGAGAUGGUGUUGCCAACCUACCUUAGUUUUAAGCAGGUUCAAACGUAUGAGAAAUACCCCAAGGGCCAAUCCAGAGGCAGGCACUGGAAACAUCUUAAGCAGAUUAUUCAAUCUGAGAACUACUCGAAUUACCCACCUGAUGAGCCCACUUAUGUCAGUAUUGAGUCGCCCCCUUCUAUGCAUCCCUGUAAGAGAAUUUGUGACAUUACAGGCUUUGAGGCACCUUACUAUGAUCCUAGGACUAAGCUCCGAUAUGCAAAUGCAGAAGUUUUUAGAAUGGUGAGAUCACUUCCCAAUGAUUAUGUACAGAAGUACUUAGCUUUGAGGAAUGCAGCAGUUGUUCUUAAAUAAUCAUGUAGCAUUUUUAUGACAACAGCAUCCUUUUCCUCAUCGACCAUUUUUCUGAGUUAGAUUUUGUGGGAUCUAAGCCUUGUGCAGUAGAUCCCUUGUGAAAAAAAAAAGUCUUUAAUUUCUUGUCAGUUUCAUGAUGUACUAAGAUUCAUGAUUUGAGAUAUAAAAAAUGAAAAACUUAAAUGUA